UCCUGCAAGCACGUUUAUAUCCUCAUUGGGUAAAUCUGAAUAUGACAGACGCAGAAACACAAAAAGCCAGUUUGCAUGGAACGCAUAUAAAAAUCGUUUCACCGAAGGAGGACAAAUUUCUUUUUUAUAAUCGGAAAGGUAUAUUCAGCAUCCAAUGCCAUGAUUAUUUGUGACAAUGAAAUGCGAAUCAGGUACGUCAAUGCACAAUACCCAGGAUGUAAUCACGAUUCUCACAUAUGGAAUGUGAGUAGUGCAAGGUCCUUUUGUGAGAGGAAAUAUUUAGAAGGCGAGAGGAAUUGCUUAUUAUUAGGUGACGCAGGAUAUGCAUUGGAGCCAUGGUUAAUGACUCCUUUUCGUGCACCACAAUUAGGUAGCCCAGAAAGUGUAUACAACAAAGCACACUCAAAAGCAAGGAAUAUAGUAGAAAGAACUAUUGGAGUUUUAAAAAAUCGUUUCAUAUAUCUUUUAAGAGCUCGUGAACUCCACUACGAACCCUCAAAAGUAAGCCAAAUCGUGAACGUGGCAGCGGCUUUACACAACAUUUGCUUGCACUACCACGUUAUAGAAAUGAAUAUGUUCCAGAACUAUUAUCCCUCAACGAAGCCCCUGAAACAGCAGCCACUAGCACUAAUGAAGCCGCAUCACAGAUUAGGCAAUCCAUUUUGAUGACACUUUUAUAAUAAAUACUGAUAUUCAUCUAAUU